AUGUCUUCCUAUCCGCAAAGUUCAACGUUUCUCUUCCCCAACACUCAACAGACAUUGUCCUACAGACACGAGAGGUACUACACCUCACCACCGCCACCACCGUGCAUUGAGGGCAACUACUACUCUUCGGUACCGCUGGAUAUUCCCUGUACCAGAGACAGAAAUUUGCUCACCGAUGACUACCUCCUUACAACCCCUCUGGCGUCUCCUCCAGAUCUCCAUCUGGGCAGCCAACAUGAAGCCUCUUGGGGCUCCCACCAACAAGAUAUUGCUGCGGUAUUGUUUGGUGCGACCAACGACAAUGUGGCCUCGUCUAGGUACAGUGUCGCUCAUGGCCUGGAACCUGCUCAUGUGCUAUCUAGUUCGUGGCCUGGUCACACAGGUGCUGCAGAUGGAGGAUAUCUUUCCCUCGAUACUACGCCCGGAUCUCUGUCCACCAGCCAAUCUGAUCUCUCUGGUGGUCUACCUGUUGAGACUCCCCCGAGCGACCUAGACGGUGCCACGGCCGAAGAGACAGACGUCUUUUCCCUGCACAUGAUGUCGCCGUUCCUGUCGCCCUAUCUUCAGCCCCGACUGCCCUCCGCUGAGACCACCUCACACAAUCCAUCACCCACCGCGCUGUUCGAUCCGCUGCCGUCCACACCGCCAGACACAGAAGCUGCCCACGUGCCUCGAAGCGAGGGCCCACAAAAAUGCGGCAUUCUGGCCCUGCUCAUGGCCAACCCAGCCAUGUGGCGCCAGGCAACCCUCUCCAAGAAAGGCACCUACGUGUGCAGCCACUGCACGUCCCUGGGCAACCCCAGAAAGUUCAGCAACCUGGCUGCGCUGGCCGCCCACUUUGACCACCACGAGGUGAUGCGUCUGUGCAAGUGUGACUACACCAGCUGCGUGUGGUCCCUGAUCGGCUUUUCGUCCAUGCCCGAGAAGAUGCGACACCUGAGAUCCCAACACAGUAACAAGCACUACAAGUGCGGGGCGUGUCAACGGGCGUUUCUCAGGGGCGACUCUCUCAAACGACAUCUGCGAUUAGUUCAUGGCCAAGAACACACAACCGCUGCCGAAAUCAACGAAAUGACCGUCAUGGGGCCGUUUGAGCCUACGGUGAGAAGGACUAGUACUGCGACCAGCAGUUCGAACCGCUCCAGCACCAAAUCCCCACCGCCCUCCACCUACGAGCCGGUGUUUGAUUUUCUCUGUUUGACUCCUUAA